CGCCGCCAGGGGGCGCCGCAGGCUGCCCGGCUGGCGGCCCGGUAGCGCCGGCUCGGGCGAUCGGGCGCGCGGCCAUGGACCGCUUCACGUGGACCAGCGGCCUCCUGGAGAUCAAAGAUACCCUGGUGAUCCAGCAGCGCGGGGUGCGCAUCUACGACGGCGAGGAGAAGAUAAAAUUUGAUGCUGGGACUCUCCUUCUUAGUACACACCGACUGAUUUGGAGAGAUCAGAAAAAUCAUGAGUGCUGCAUGGCCAUUCUUCUUUCUCAAAUUGUGUUCAUUGAAGAACAGGCAGCUGGAAUUGGGAAGAGUGCCAAAAUAGUGGUUCAUCUUCACCCAGCUCCUCCUAACAAAGAACCUGGCCCCUUCCAGAGUAGUAAGAAUUCCUAUAUCAAACUCUCCUUCAAAGAACAUGGCCAGAUUGAGUUUUACAGGCGUUUAUCAGAGGAAAUGACACAGAGAAGAUGGGAGAAUAUGCCAGUUUCCCAGUCAUUACAAACAAAUAGAGGACCCCAGCCAGGAAGAAUAAGGGCUGUAGGAAUUGUAGGUAUUGAAAGGAAACUGGAAGAAAAAAGAAAAGAAACUGACAAAAACAUUUCUGAGGCCUUUGAAGACCUCAGCAAGCUAAUGAUCAAGGCUAAGGAAAUGGUGGAAUUAUCAAAAUCAAUUGCUAAUAAAAUUAAAGACAAGCAAGGUGACAUCACAGAAGAUGAGACCAUCAGGUUUAAAUCCUACUUGCUGAGCAUGGGAAUAGCUAACCCCGUUACCAGGGAAACCUACGGCUCAGGCACACAGUACCACAUGCAGCUAGCCAAACAGCUGGCUGGAAUAUUGCAAGCGCCUUUGGAGGAACGAGGGGGAAUAAUGUCACUCACAGAGGUGUACUGUUUAGUAAACCGAGCUCGAGGAAUGGAAUUGCUUUCACCAGAAGAUUUAGUGAAUGCAUGCAAGAUGCUGGAAGCUCUGAAAUUACCUCUCAGGCUCCGAGUUUUUGACAGUGGCGUCAUGGUAAUUGAGCUUCAGUCCCACAAGGAAGAGGAAAUGGUGGCCUCAGCCCUGGAGACAGUUUCAGAAAAGGGAUCUCUAACAUCAGAAGAGUUUGCUAAGCUUGUGGGAAUGUCUGUCCUCCUAGCCAAAGAAAGGUUACUCCUUGCAGAGAAGAUGGGCCAUCUUUGCAGAGAUGACUCAGUGGAAGGCUUGCGUUUUUACCCAAAUUUGUUUAUGACACAGAGCUAAGGGUUUUGUAUUUGAAAUUCUUUUUAUCCAUACACUUGUGUCAUGUACAGCCUGUAUGACGCUGAACUAAGAGAUAAGCCCUGAUCAAAUGAGAAUUUAUUAGAAUUUCAUAGUAUAAUAUAAAACUCUUAAUUUCUCCCUAAAUGUUAUGGUCCAGUAAGCUUAUUUAAGAUACAUAUAGGAAAGUGCAGAAAAAUGAAUGCCAAUAUGAACUUAAUGUCAUGGUAUAAUUGCAUAGAAUCCUUAGAGUUUAACUUGAAAUCUGGUAGAUUUUAACUUGAUCCUGAAAUCUAACCAUUUUGUAAAGAAGGGAACUUAGUUUUACAGGGAAGAAAAGGAGAAGCUGCAUGUUUGGACAGGUUGGAUUAUUAUUUUGGUAUGACUAAAAUUCAUUGGAUUAUAAAUGAAGUUUCUCUCUGCA